GAGAAAGAGCAAGAAACAGGAUGGAGUCAGCAGUAGCAUGUGAAGCACACAGGAAGGAUAAGCAAGAUCUCUGAACUGUUUUUCCAGAGACACGGACAGUUUAUGAUGGUAUAAUCACCUUGUUACAAUGAGGGCAGUUUGGGUGGUGGUUAUAAUCUCACAGCUUCAACACGUCACACAGUCUCGAUCGAGAGAGUUGGUUUGCCAAGAAUCAAACCCCAGGGAGCCAGUGUCCUUAGACCUCUCGCCCUCCAAGGUGAGGUCAGACGACGCCCUGGAGGUCGAGUUCUGCGUCUGUCCCCAGGAUAACAUUCCAUCUUGGAUCCUCAGCAUCACCUUCCUCAGAGGAGGUGACACGCUGGCCAGUGUUCGCAUGUAUCACAACAUUAAUGUCAACGGCCAACAGAGUGAUGUAGACACACUACAAAUGCAAUGUCAAAGUGAGAGGCCAGUAGAAGCAUCCAACCCUUGGAGUUACAACGACCAGCUCCCAGGAAUACGUCGACUCUUCAAACUCAAGAUGAAUAAAAGUCAAAUUUCAGUCGGAGAUAAGACUGGUAGCCAAGAGGAAAUGUGGCUGACAGAAGUGUGUAAACUUAAAGAUCUACGCAACAUUAGUGUGACUAUUAAGAGUGACCCGUGUUGUGGUCGUCCCUCAGUCAGCUUCUGCUGCUUCCAUGGACUGAGGACUCAGCGCACCAUCAGAAGGUGGGUGUGGGUGUCGUGUCUGGUAGCAGUUGGGGCGGCUGUAUUGUGUAUCCAGGGAGUGAUGCUGGCCAGGCUCAAGAAACAGUUUGAUGAGUUAGAGAAGUUGAGGCUCGAGAAUGUUCAUGCACUUCGCUUCUAAAUUCGGACUAGGAAUACGUAACACUUCAAUGAUUUGAUGUUUGUUUCAUAUAAUAAACAAGCAACCAACUACACAA